UAGAGUGUGGGUGAGUGAAUUUAUAAGUCCGUGUGGGGUUCGUUGCCUGGGUGUGAAGUGGUUCGGCUUGUGAACGGUAAGCUGUCAACUGCUCUAGUUGAAUUUGCUUUGGACAACAUUUUGAAGCAGAUCUGAUAUGCCACUUGAAUUAAUAAAAGAAGUCAAUGGAGUGCCUGAAGUUGAGCUGCUAAGUGAAUUAAACAAAGUAGAUUUCAGUUCUCUACAGCCAGGUUGUGAUUAUAGCAAGAAAUAUAUCCAGGGAAAACUCUCACUUAUUUCUUCUUUAACUUAUGGUGGAAACAGAACAGCUGUUUUGAAGAUUGCCCUACAAGAACAAGAAAAUUCAAAUUCGGAGAUCAACACCAUCAAUGUAUUAUUUUUUGGAAAAUUAGCAAAGGACUGUGCAAAAGUUUUCUAUGAAGGGGAUACCAUUGCAGUAGCUGGAUUUACUGUCUUGUCAGCAUCUUCAUCUACAAGCAGAGAUGGUAAACAUUGCUUAUUUUUGAAAGCAUUUGAGGACUUCAGAUCAACUGUUUAUGUUUAUGUUAAAUCUGUAAGGGAUUUUUCUGCAGAAUCCAUGUCUUUGGUUCCAGCAACACAUUAUAUAUAUACACCCCUGAAUCAACUUAAGGGUGGUACAAUUGUCAAUGUCUAUGGUGUUGUGAAGUUCUUUAAACCUCCAUAUCUAAGCAAAGGAACCGAUUAUUGCUCAGUUGUAACAAUUGUGGACCAGACAAAUGUAAAGUUAACCUGCCUGCUCUUUAGUGGAAAUUAUGAAGCACUUCCAAUAAUUUAUAAAAAUGGAGAUAUUGUUCGCUUUCAUAGGCUGAAGAUCCAAGUAUAUAAAAAGGAGACUCAGGGUAUCACCAGCUCUGGCUUUUCAUCUUUGACAUUUGAGGGAACUUUGGGAGCUCCUAUCAUACCUCGUACCUCAAGCAAGUAUUUUAACUUCACUGCCGAGGACCACAAAAUGGUAGAAGCUUUACGUGUUUGGGCAUCUACUCAUAUUUCACCUUCUUCGACAUUAGUAAAAUUGUGUGAUGUUCAACCACUGCAGUAUUUUGACCUGACUUGUCAGCUCUUGGGCAAAGCAGAAGUGGAUGGAGCAUCAUAUCUUCUAAAGGUAUGGGAUGGCACCAGGACCCCAUUCCCAUCUUGGAGAGUAUUAAUACAAGACCUUGUACUUGAAGGAGAUUUAAGUCAUAUCCAUCGGCUGCAGAAUCUGACAGUAGACAUUUUAGUCUAUGAUAAUCAUGUUCAAGUGGCAAAGUCUCUGAAGGUUGGAAGCUUUCUUAGAAUUUAUAGCCUCCAUACGAAACUUCAGUCAGUGAAUUCGGAGAACCAGGCAACAUUGUUAGCUCUAGAGUUUCAUCUCCAUGGGGGUACCAGUUACGGCCGGGGAAUCAGAGUCUUGCCAGAAAGUAACUCUGAUGUGGAUCAACUGAAAAAGGUUUUAGAAUCUGCCGAUUUGACAGCCAAUCAGUGUUUUGAUGGUAUAUGUCAUUCAGAUCAUGAGGACAGCUUUCGGACUCUUUCAAGCUCUGGAUCAGUAUCACUAUAUGAGGUAGAAAGAUGUCAGCAACUAUCAGCUACAAUACUUACAGAUCAUCAGUAUUUGGAGAAAACCCCAAUAUGUGCUAUUUUGAAACAAAAAGCUCCUCAACAGUAUCGUAUUCGAGCAAAAUUAAGGUCAUUUAAGCCCAGAAUACUCUUUCAGUCUGUUAAACUUCAUUGUCCCAAAUGUCAUGCACUGCAAGAAGUUCCGCAUGAGGGUGAUUUGGAUACAAUUUUACAAGAGGGUGCAAGUAAAACCCCAGAUAUUAAACUACAAAAUACAUCAUUAUAUGAUUCGAAAAUGUGGACCACUACAGAUCAAGGAGAACGAAAAGUUGCUGUUCAUUUUGUAAAAAAUAAUGGUAUUCUUCCACUUUCAAAUGACUGUCUGAUUUUGAUAGAAGGAGGUACACUCGGUGAAAUCUACAAACUCGCAAACAAGUUUCAUAGUGUAAUUCCUGUGAGAUCUGGCCAUGAAGACUUGGAAGUCCUUGAUCUUUCAGCACCAUUCCUUAUACAAGGAAAAAUACAUCACUAUGGAUGUAAACAGUGUUCUACUUUGAGACCAAUAAAAACUCUAAAUUCCCUGGUUGAUAAAACACCAUGGAUUCCUUCUUCUGUGGCAGAAGUACUGGGUAUUGUACCCCUUCAACAUGUGUUUGUAAUGACAUUUACUCUUGAUGAUGGAACAGGAGUAUUGGAAGCUUAUCUCAUGGAUUCUGACAAAUUCUUCCAGAUCCCGGCAUCAGAAGUCCUAAUCAAUGAUGGACUUCAGCAGAGUAUGGAUAUGAUCUUGGAUAUGUUUUGUCCUUCGGGAAUAAAAAUUGUCAACCAAGAAAAAAAAGAAAAACAAACAAACAAAAAAACCUGGGGAGGUCAGCAGCAGGAAGAAAAGGAAGAAAAGUUGGGAAUGAGAUGGCUGCUACCUUUGCUGUCAGACAUUUGGAAAACCCUACAUUUAAUUAUUGUUUUCUGUUGGAAAAAAAAUCAAAUUAGGAUUGUUACAAAACAGUAGCAAGAACCCAGUGUGUAUUUGGAAGAGUAGAUAAUAUUAAAUUUGAUGCAUAUCCGUGGUUGGAAUGCUUCAUCAAGUCGUAUAAUGUCACAAGUGGAACGGAGCAGCAAAUUUGCUAUCAGAUUUUUGACACCACAGUUGCAGAAGAUGUAAUCUAAUAUUGUCAUUCAGCUUAGCAUAUGUAAAAUACUAUAAUUUUAGAAAACAUUAUUUUCUGUGAGAUUCUUAUAAAAGAUGUAGAAGGUUUAACAGUAUAGUUUUUCUUCCAUUUUAACGACAGUGUAAAUUUUUUUUCACAAAUAGCAUUGUGUUAUCUUAGUGCCUUCUUGUGAAUAAGUUAAAAAUGUUCCUUUUGCUCAAAAUUUCCAGUAUGGUGGCUGCUAGGGCCAUAACGGAGAAAGGGGAAUAAAGAAAGACUGUCUUCAUUUACCCCUUGCAGCCCUUUCGGAGAACGUGUUCUGGUACCUUGCACUAAAAAUCACUUUCCUUGUUGGUUUUUUCCGUGUGUCAGCCACUAAUUUGUCUGCCCACCACCAUCUGUGCUUGGAUUUCUUUUCCUGCCAUGGUUUUUAUAUCAGCAUUGUUAAUGAUUUUAGCAUGGGUAUGGGGCUAGAAAACGUCCUUAUGUUGACUCACUCAGCUUUCACUGAGUGCGAAGUGUGUAAUGGCUAGCGGUUUGGUUUUGCACAAAGGGAUCUGCUUAAACAAGUAGUCUUGAGAAGUGCUCUUCUGAGUGAGCUACAGCGUACUUAACAGGAGUGGUUUACUUUAGGUGUAUGUGGCAGAGUUGCUGUCUUUUGGUGCUAUAGACCAAUUUAGGAUAAAUCCAUUUUCUAAGACCUGAAUUGUAUGCUUUUGAUUGCUUGUUUCUCUACAUGAUAUUAGAAGUUACUGCAUUCCACCUUGAUCUGAUAAAGCAGUCAGGUUUAUUACAAUGUUACUGACUUACAUUACCCUUUUUUAAUAGUCUUACGUAAUAUAUAUUUCAGACUGAACGUGGAAUGAGAUAUUAACUCAAUACAGUAGUCCACUUUUUAUCUGACAGUGUUUGCAAAAUUUAAAAUCAUGAAUAUUCAGUUUUAUACAAAUACUUCUAUAUAUUUGUAUAUAUGUAUAGACGUAUGUAUAUUAUUUGGUAAAGACUAAGACAUACACAUAUGCCUAGUUCAGUAUUAGUGAAGAAUAAAUUAAUGUACAUAUUUCACCUGUUUUCUUUAUUUGCCCUGUGUUGAGUUGAGACGUGAUUGGAGGCAAAGAAUCAAAGUAGGAAUGCCAAUAUAGCAGAUAUUUAAGACCGUCUAUACAAUAGGAACCGUGCAAAGCAUUUAACAUAUAUUUGAGUUUUGCAACAACCAUUUUCCUGAUAAAACUGAGGCUUGGUGGGCUGACUUCACUAAGUUCACAUGGUUACUAAGUGCUAGUCAGUAUGCGCAUUCCGGUAAUCUUUGUUCAGAGGCUGCACUGCCAACCACGCCAGGAUUCUGGGGCAACAAGCUAGCAUGGGGUUUUCUGCAAAUGAGUCCUCCCUUAAGUAUUUGAAGUAACACUGGAAACAGAUUAUGAGAGGAGUCAGUGUUAUGUUUUCUUACAUUCUCAAAAGGCUUUUAACAUUUUAUUAGCAAAAAAGGUUCAAAUAUUUGAUUUCCUCUGCUCAUAAUAAUUCCAAAUUCUAGUUCCUGAGUACAUUAUCCCAUCCCCAGACGUAACUACCCAUUUCCCAUCACUGAAUUACCAUCUUGUCGGAGAUGGUAGAAAAAGAGGCUGAUGCUGCUGUUUUGGGUGUAAACUCUUAGCUCAAAACAUCUUCAGGGAAGAGUUUGAGGAACCCUGUGAAUGAACCGAUAGAUUUCAAUAUCGGUGGUAUGCUGGGGAUACAAAGGCCAGAGAGCCAUUUUCUCUUCAGGAAGCACCGAGUCUAGAAGAGGAGGGGUCAGAAGGUACGGCAGGUCACAGCGCUGUCUCCAAGUUGAUAAAAUAAAACUCCUCACAUGAAUCUUUACUGGGAUAGGUCAUUUCUCUUUUUUCUUUUUUUUUUUUAAUAAACCCUCACAUUGUCCUCAUUUGUUUUUUAACUUUUCAGCUUUGAACAAGAAGAGUUCUAUUAAUACCUAGUGUUUAUCCAGUGAUGAUGUGUGCAUCUUACCUUUAUCAGGACCCGGGAAAGCUAGGAGAAUUCUGUUUCUGGAGCAACAAGUAGACAGGCAUUCACUGUGCCCUGAUUUGAACCCUGUCCCCUUUACUGUCCAUGGGAAUAAUGGUAGCCUUCCUGUCAGAUACAAAAUUACAUAAAUUUAAGCAUGUAGUUUGUGUACAGCCUUUUGCUCAAAUUCCAUUCUCUGCAGCGUCCAUUCGAUACUACUGGAUUGUCUCUUUAGCCCCUGCACUGUUCUGUAUGAGGAAGAGAAGGCGUAGCUUAGAAAAUCUGAGGCAGUUGAUUACACGAUAAUGAAAAGUGCACUGCUCACGCGCCCUUUCUGUCCCUACACUCCAUUAUACUCUUUAUUUGAGGGAACUAUACUGGCCAAGAUGCAGUGCAUAAUUCCCCCUCCCCCCCCCCCCUUUCUUUUCUUUUUUUUGUUGCACAUUAGGAGUUGUUUCUGAAUGAAUAUAGAGAGGCUGGUGUGAAUGGAAUAGAAGAAGCUGACUACACCUCUGUCUACCUGAGAAAGCAGUCUCCACGCAAUAGGGCACUGGCUGCGCAGUUUCUGAGUCUGUAGAUCCUGGGCUGUGGCUACUUGCAGGUCACAGGGAUGGGCCAGAAUUUUUAACCAGCUGUGCUCGUCUGUUUCCAAAGUCAAAGCAUGAGUUUUGUCACGAUUUGUGACACUCAAUCCAGCCGAUUCUCUUCUACACUUUCUGGAAGCUUUCCUUGGUAUCUGGGGAAAUAGCUGGAUUCUUCUGAUUAUUUUCAUUAUGUUUUGAAAUUUGACCAUGUAUUUCACCAAGUUUUGUUUUUAUUCAGAAUUUUUAAAAAUAAAAGUAAUAUGUAUUUGUAAGAAUUGAAACAGUAUAAAGUAUAUGAAGUUGAACUAAUUCUUACUUUAACUAGUACCCCAGAGGAAACCACUUUUAACAGUUUGGUGUAUAAUUUUCCAGACUGUUUUCCCUAAGAAUGGGUAAAUAUGUGUAUAUAUACUUUUUAAAAAUAACGUCAUGCUAUAAAUAUAUUUCUGCAACUUUUGUCACUUUAUAAAGUAGACCUUGUUCUUUAUAACAAUACAUAUAGAAGGAGAAACUCGUUUGUAAUUACUCAGCGUAAGUAACUUUUUAGGGAAUUCUCUGAUUAUUUCACUUUCUAUUUUUAUCUUGAGUUUUGGUCUAUUUAAGUGUUCUGUUUCUUACUGUAAAGAGUUUUGGAAUUUUAUAUUAUAGGAAUGUAUGCAUUUUACCUAUUUUGUUGACUUUAUCGCCUUAUAGUUAUUCAUAAUAAUAUUUUAUUAUUAUUGCUUUAGUCUGUGUUUUGUCUGGUGUUGUUUUCCCUUUAAAUAAAUCUGAAGCCCCUGGGACCUGGUUUCAUUGUAUCUAUUGGAGGUUCUUAGGUGAUGAGAAUUUUGAAGACCUGUCCAACUUCUAGUACAGAUUAGGACUCUACCAUGACACAGUUGUCUUGAAAUAUUCUUUUCAUGCUUCAAAGGACUCAUUGUAGAAAAGGAGGAAUUUAUGUUAAUGUAAGAAGGGAGAAUGCCUCCUGUAAUGCUUUUCAUUACAAAAAAGGCUUUAUGAUGGCCAUGAUGAGUCACCCUAAAGUUCUAAAACAUCAUUAGAAGGGAAAUAAAGAUAUAUCUUCCCGUGCUUGCCCUGCAGGAUCUCUGGAUGGCGUCAAAGCCGCCUUCCCACUCCAGGAAAAAGACCUAGUCAGCUGGUAAAAUCUGGGCCUAGUAAUCUAUCUUCUCUUCCCUCUGGUACUUGGAAAUAGUAUCAGAACUCACUAAACAGGAAGUCUGCAGUGUGCUCAGGUAUAUGAGAUCACAUCUUCAUUUGGCAGCCCGGGAAUGAAUCAGUAGCACCGUGUAUUAUUUUUCUCUGCAGUAUUGUGAUUUAAGCUCUUAGGAAAUUUGAGAUCACUUAGGGUUUCGAAGUGAUGGUCGUCUUACAUGGAGAUAAAUGUCCUUCCAUUCAGGACUGCAUAUGAUGGAUUGAGAACAGUGUUAGGUGUUAGGUAUCAAUUACCGUGAUAAGGAUAAUGCAUUAAUGUAUAUGAGAGCUCUCCCUCAGAUGUGCCAGCUGGUGAAACAUGGAUAGUUCAGAGACUCCUCUAUUUUUAGACUGUAGCAACAUCUUAAUGAAUGUUUGUUUUUUCCCCUUGAAAUCUAGGCCAUAAAGGCACUCUGGUAUAGCAUGUGCAUGUGUGUGCAUGUGUGCGUGCACAUGCUUGCUUUUAUUCUAUGCUUUGAGUUCACUUUGCAGGGUACUAUAUUAGAAUUUACCUGACAACCUAGUCCACAACUACCAAAGAAAGAUGUUUUCAAGACGUUUUCAACUUGUGUGAAAAGUUUCUUUUAUUUCAUCUGUUGACAAUAGUCUGAAGAUUUGGAGCAUGUGUUCAUUGAAAACCUUCUUAUCUAUUAAUAUAGUCCAUCAAAUAUUGUUACAGUUUCUAAACAAGUACAUUUUUAUAUACAACCCUGAAUCUCUGGUAUAUACCUUCUUUUUUUUUUCCUAUACCUUCAGAAUGAUUUUUCCCUUCUUUGAAAUAUGAACUGGCAGAUAAACGCCAGUUUGUUUUUACAUACUACUCUAUUCCUCAGCAGAUUUUUGUCCUCCACUGGAGGGCAGAGUCCUUCUAGAAUUUAAAAUCUUGUACCAAAUUAGCUACCUUUUAAAUGACUUUUUAUCUCAAGCUUCUGUAACAGUAAAUAGGAAAGAGAAUAUAUUUUAAAAUCAAAAGUAUUAACUUGUGAGUCACAUGAAAACAUAGCAGUGGAUAGGCAUAGUUGUGGUUUUAUUUGGUUAGAUAGGAAAUCCUGUGUGUUUAUUCCCAUUAGAUUAGGUUUAGGAGCAAUAAACUUGUACUUAAAUUUUGGAAUCAUUGACAAGUAUUUCAGCACAAUGAUCAAAGCUUGAAUGGAGCUUAAGAAAAAGAAUACAGAGUACAAAAUAGGUAUGUAUUUAAAAGUCAGCUCAUACAUUUACAUUCAUUUAUUAUUCAUGUAGUAUCUGUAUCCACAAAGAAUUUCAUAUGGUUUACAAUAAAAGACAGACAUAGGACCCAAUCUUUUGAAAUAGGGCAAGAAGACAAGAGCCAAAUAGGGGAGUGACUAUUAAAACAAUUCAUUGUUUCUAACCUAAGGGAUGCUAUAGGCUUUGAACAAAACUUACCUAUAUGUGAAAAUGUAACAGGUUACAUUGCUCUUAUUAACAAAGUUCUUAUAUCUUUAGUAGAUACAAACCUUUUAUUUAUCUCGACAUAAAGAGUAGCAAGGUGGGUUUUUAUAUUAAGCACACUAAACAGAAUAUUUUAUGUAACUACUAGUGUUUUUUAAAAAUGCAGAAAUUUGAUCCAAAAUGCUAGGAUGUAAACUCUGAAGAUGGAAGAAAUAGAGCAGGGGAAUUUUCCAUGGACUGUCUACCUUUUGGCUCUUAUUUAAAGUACUUUCUUGUUUUGUUUUUAUUGUUAAUGGUGAAUGUAAAAUGUUUCCAAUAUCUCCACAUACUCAAGAAUUAUUAGAAGCAUUAAUUACUACAGGAAAAAUUUGUAUUUUUCUGGUAUUAAAAAAUCAACUCCCUUCUGAUAUAAAUAUCACCGAGAAAAUUAGCUCUUUUUACCUUUUCCUGCUCUAGUUACGGGUAAUGAAAUAACUGUCUUGUUUUCAGUGUUUCAAGUCAGGAAGAAUAUGGGUUUUAAUGAAUCACAGUCAUUUGGAUGAUAUGUACUCCUGUAUUUUGCCUUCAGUGCUCCAUGGAAGAUGUUGCUUAAGUUAUAAAUAAAACAAGCUUCA